AAGUUAUUUUAAGAAUGCAUUUCCGUCAGAAUUGUCCUUCUUCGUACUCUAUGCUACGAACGUUCGUAUUUGGUUGUCAUGGAAACGUGGUCUUCUGGCUCGCGCGUCUGCUUCCUGGAUACGCUUUAGCGUUCGGAGAUUCAAGAUGGCGCUGCCCGAGCCUGUCCGCCGACAUCUGGACUCUUUGACGCGAACUGUGUUCAGCGAUGUUAGACGAACGAUGCCCAAAAAAGAAGAAGGGGCAGCCGAAGUAGACCUUGUCUCCAGUUUACCGCUGCAGAUGUCGCUAUAUUUCAACACAUUCUAUUUUCCCUUCUGGUGGAUUUGUUAUGUUUUAAUGCUUCAGCUAAAGUAUGUUCUACUUCCUGACUACUAUAAAUUCAUCCUGGUGACUCUGCUCAUCCUGAUGACUGUAAUUGAAGUGAUUCGACUUUUCCUGGGAUACAGUGGCAACUUACAAGAAAAGGUCCCUGAACUCGCCGGGUUUUGGCUGCUGAGCAUCCUAUUACAGCUGCCGCUGCUGCUGUUCUUGUUGUUCAACCCUGGACUAGAGCCUACUCCUCUUGAGCUGGCUGCACAUGGCAUACUGACUGUAUUCCUACUCUUUCAGAUCCCAAUGUCCUCCCUCACUUUACGCAGGACCACCAGACGACUUGCGGGAAGGUUCCAUCAGCUGGGAAGCUCAAACGUACAAGCCUAAAAUGAACAAUGAAUCCAAGUUAUAUCUGCAAAGAGAUCCCAUCAACUCAGAAGAAUGGGAGAGACAUUUGACUAGACCGGAGUAAUCCAAUCAAAGGAACAAAUGUGAUUUUUUCUGCAAAUGUAUACUUCCUUUUUUAUAACCACACCUUCUAAAUAAACAAUAUAUAUAUUUUUUCAUA